CCUCUCCCACUCAUUUACUUUCUCGCCAACCUCAUUCCCCUCUCCCUAUCUGAUCUAUUUAGAUAUCCGAUCUCAACUGCUCAGUUCCUUCACAAACCCUAAAUCACUCUCCUUCGUCUUCAAGAUCUGCAAUUGAAUCGCAUGAGUUCCACUUUGAAUCUUUUUUCCGGAGGCAGAGUUUCAAGAUGGUGAAGGUGAGAACGAUGAUUUUAUCUCUGAAGACGAGGAGGACAAGGUCAUCGUCAUGGAGAGCGACGACGAUGCUACCGAUGUUGCCCCGGUCAGAGAGAGAAAGGACGUUAUUGACCUUGAAUAUGAGAAAGAUAAUCUUUUUCUUCUUCGAAAGGACGAGGCUGACUUCAUUAUUGUAGACAGUGAUAUUAAUGAGGCUGAGGGGUGUGAAAAAAGUGGGAUUGAGCUUUCUGAGGCGAUCUACUCACGCAUGCACCUCCACAUCGAUAUAUUGAACAUCUUGCUUCCAAGCACUGACCCAAACUUUUGGGCUUCAAAGUACAAGUGGGGAAGUUCCUUUCACCUUCUUUAACUCCAAUUCCUUAGAGUAUUUUUCAAAUUUAUUAUGCAAUUAUUGGUACUCUAUGUCUCUCCUUCUUAUCUCAAAUUAUACACUUGAUGAAAGUGUUAAAUAAUGCUUUCUUUAAAAAUUGUGCGGCCCUGAUGAAUGACUGAGAAUAUACUCCUAUUGUGGUGAGCAUUAAUAUAUUAAUGGUGUCUCCGAGUACUGAAGGUGUUACACCUUUCUGGUCUUAUAUGUGUGUAAAUUGUAAAACAAUCUUGCCUAUAAGAAGUAAUUGACCACUUUCUGUGAUGAAUGUCUGAAAAAAUAUACUCCUACUAUAAUG